AUGACAUUCCAAGGUAAUGAUAAUGCCUCAAAGCUUAAGGUUAGUAAGCCAUUGGCUGGUCUAUCGCGUCUACAACUAGAGCAAUUUAAAGAGAAAGCAGAGCAACGUGGUGUAGUAUACCUCUCUCGUGUUCCACCGUAUAUGAAACCUGAAAAACUACGGUCUCUGCUGGCAAAAUACGGUGAUCUGAAUCGGAUUUACCUUGUGCCAGAGGACAAGGUGCUACACAAGAAACGCGUGAGUACUGGUGGAAACCGUCGGCAAAAAUAUACAGAAGGAUGGAUUGAGUUUGAGGAUAAACAAGUGGCCAAACGCGUUGCCAAGAGACUCAAUACGACGCAGAUUGGUGGCCGUAAACGUGACUAUUACCAUGACGAUAUCUGGAAUCUCAAGUACCUCAAGGGUUUUAAAUGGGAUCAUUUGACGGAAAAAAUUGCAUACGAGAAUCGUAUUCGUGAUCAAAAGUUGCGCAUGGAAAUUGCGCAGGCCAAGAAGGAAAAUGAGGCAUACUUGGAACGUGUGGAUCAGUCAAAGCAGUAUGAAAUGAUGGAUGCACGCAAAGCGGACAAGAAAAAAAUGGACAAGGACGUGGAACAGAACCCUAUGCAACAAGUACGCCGUACGUUCUAUCAAAAGUUACCAAUGGAUAGUAAACACAAGCAAUCGUUGGGAGACAAAGACCUCGAAAAAGUCUUUGUUGCAAGCAAAAAAGAAGAAAAAACGCCGUAUUGCGUAGAAAGCGACAACUCAUUACGAGUACUGCAGAUCAUUUUUGUAGGAUAA